AUGUGGAGUUCUGACAAACCGCCGCGUUCCGACAGCAUGCGCCGACGCAUCAUCACCAGCAUCCUCUACUGCAGUGGCGACAUGACCCAGCUCCACAAACACAUGCAGAAGCAGCCGUUUCCGGUGCAGCUGGUGGAGUGGAGCUUGCGGGGCGUGGCGCGGGUCAUCCUGGCCAACAACCCGCUGAGCGGAGCGCUGAUCCUGGGGGCGCUGCUCAUGGCCAGCCCCUGGCAGGCUCUGCUGGGGGUGCUCGGCCUGCUGGCCUCCACACUCACCGCCAUCAUCAUCGGCCAGGACAGUGAGGAGGUUGCCGGGGGGCUCCAUGGUUUCAAUGGGAUGCUGGUGGCUCUUCUGAUCGGGGUGUUCAGCUCUGCGGGGGACUGGUACUGGUGGCUGCUGCUGCCUGUGUGUCUGACAGCAGCUACAUGCACGUUCCUGUUCAGUGGGCUGGCCCCUCUGCUGGACCGCUGGGACCUGCCCGUCAGCGUCUUUCCCUUCAACAUGAUGAUCCUGAUGUACCUGAGCUGCACUGGCACAGACAACGCCUUCUUCCCGCACCACCCCGCCCUGCCACCGGGGGCGCCAGAGCACAGCAACAGCACACAGCUGGACAUCUCUCAGCUCCUGCAGGGGGUGCCACUGGGCGUAGGGCAGAUCUACGCCUGUGGGGAGCUGUGGCCCUCAGUGCUGAUCCUGGCGGCGGUGUUCAUCUACUCCCCCUUGCUCUGCGCGCACGCCCUGCUGGGGUCGGGGGUGGGAAUGCUGGCGGGGCUGUCGGUGGCAGUGCGGCCAUCGUCGCUGUACUCUGGCCUCUCGGGGUUUAACGGGGCUCUGGGCUGCAUGGCUGUGGGGGGGCUGUUCUUCACCUUCAGCUGGAGGACACACCUCUUCUCCAUCGCCAGCGCCUUCCUCUCAGCGUACUCUGACAUCGCCCUGAGCAACCUGCUGGGAAAGAUGGGUCUCCCAGCAUGCAGCUGGGCAGCCACCCUCACAGCCACGCUGAUGCUGUUACUGACGGCGCGGAACCUAUCCUCCUACCGGAUACCCAUCGACAGGGUCGCAUCCCCCGAGCAGAACCUCCGUGCACACAGUCACUGGACUGGAGGAAACACAGACAGUACUGAUGUGUAG